AUGGUAGUUGUUCCCGCCUUAGGCGCUGCAGCCGCCUCGGUAGGCGGCCUGCUUUUCAAAGCCAGCUCGGCUUCCACAGCUGCUGCUACUGCUGGCAUAGCUGCCAUAGGAGCCUCAAAAUUGGGACUUGCCAUAGCGGCAGCCAUUAAGGUGGCUACCACUAUAAUAGGUGUAGGCAAACUCACCAUUAUACCCUUCCUAAUAGCUGCUAUAGCCUAUUAUAAUUAUGAUUUAUUUGAUCCUGAAAAUCGUCCCUUUAAUGUACAAGAAAUAGAGCGCGCCUAUGAUUUUAUUAUCAUUGGUGGUGGUUCAGCGGGCACUGUAUUAGCCUCACGUCUAUCUGAAGUGCCGCAUUGGAAGGUAUUACUGUUAGAGGCUGGUGGUCAUGAAACGGAGAUAUCAGAUGUUCCUUUAUUGUCACUGUAUUUACAUAAAAGUAAAAUGGAUUGGAAGUAUAGAACACAACCUCAAAAUACCGCCUGUCAAGCCAUGAAAGACAAAAGAUGCUGUUGGACUAGAGGCAAGGUUAUUGGCGGUAGUUCUGUGCUCAAUACUAUGUUAUAUAUUAGAGGCAAUAAAAGAGAUUUCGAUCAGUGGGCCUCGUUUGGUAAUCCAGGCUGGAGUUAUGAAGAUGUCUUGCCUUACUUCCGUAAAUCGGAAGAUCAAAGAAAUCCCUACUUGGCGAAAAAUAAAAGAUAUCAUGGCACGGGUGGCUUAUGGACUGUACAAGAUGCUCCCUAUAAUACACCCUUGGGACCAGCCUUUUUACAAGCUGGCGAAGAAAUGGGUUAUGAUAUAGUUGAUGUUAAUGGUGAACAACAGACCGGUUUUGCUUUCUAUCAGUUCAAUAUGAGACGUGGUUCACGCAGCUCUACUGCUAAGUCUUUCUUGAGACCAGCACGUUUAAGGAAAAAUCUUCAUGUAGCUUUAUUUUCUCAUGUUACCAAAGUUUUGACUCAUCCUCAGACCAAAAGAGCUACGGGUGUGCAAUUUAUACGUAAUGGCAAAUUACAAACAGUUUACGCCACUCGAGAAGUUAUUUUAUCAGCAGGAGCUAUAGGCUCUCCACAUCUUAUGAUGUUAUCGGGCAUAGGACCAGCAGAUGAGCUACAAAGAGUCGGUUUGCCUUUAGUGCAUCAUUUGCCCGGUGUGGGUCAAAAUUUACAGGAUCAUAUUGCUGUGGGUGGCAUAGCUUUUCUUAUCGAUUAUCCCAUAUCCAUAGUAAUGAAGAGAAUGGUUAAUAUUAAUACAGCCCUACGUUAUGCUAUAACCGAGGACGGGCCCUUAACCUCUAGUGUAGGUUUGGAGGCUGUGGCCUUUAUCAAUACCAAAUAUGCUAAUGCUAGUGAUGAUUGGCCUGAUAUGAGUUUUAUGAUGACUUCGGCUUCUGUUAUGUCAGAUGGUGGUUCUCAAGUCAAGGUGGCCCAUGGUUUAACUGAUGAAUUCUACAAUGAUAUGUACAGUGAAGUUAGUAAUCGCGAUGUUUUCGGUAUAUUCCCUAUGAUGUUGAGACCUAAGAGUAAAGGUUUUAUAAAACUGGCUUCCAAGAACCCUCUACGUUAUCCUCUGCUCUAUCACAACUAUCUAACCCAUCCUGAUGAUGUUAAUGUCUUAAGAGAAGGUGUUAAAGCGGCUGUAGCCAUGGGUGAAACUCAAGCUUUGAAAAGAUUUGGCGCACGCUUUUGGUCUAAGCAAUUGCCAAAUUGUCGACAUUUACCUCACUUUACCGAUGAGUAUUGGAAUUGUGCUAUACGCCAGUAUACCAUGACAAUUUAUCACAUGUCGGGCACUGCCAAAAUGGGUCCACCCACCGAUCCCUGGGCCGUGGUAGAUCCUCAACUAAGAGUGUAUGGCAUUCCCGGCUUAAGAGUCAUAGAUGCCAGUAUUAUGCCCGCCAUUACCAAUGGCAAUAUUCACGCACCCGUGGUAAUGAUUGCCGAAAAGGGUGCCGAUAUGAUUAAAGAACUUUGGCUAGGUUCUUCGCAAUAUCGCGUGCGGCGUAGUGCUGAUGACAAACCCGAUAUUUGCAAUAUUACCGAUACCUCAAGUAGUAGUUUAGGCUUAAAUAAUUUCGAUGACAUUUCGUAG